AUGGUGGGCGCGUUGUUCUAUUGCACCCUUCUGGGAGUGCUGGUGAGCGGCCAGAUCAGCGAUCUACGUUACACAGAGACGAACAACGAUAAUGUGGGCGAGGCGAUUCAGUUUCUUCGUGAGUUUGAUCGGGAAGCGGCGGAAAUGUGUAACCGAGUGGCCAACGCCGAGUGGCGUUUCUCCACCAACGGGACGGAGUUUAACAAGCGGCGGAUGCGGGAACAACAAAAUCUCGCCCAGCGGUUCGAGUGCAUCAGCUGGCGAAGGGUGCAAUCGUUGGAUUUGGGGCGAAUCAUCGACCCCAGCAUCCGGCGUCAGAUCGGACGAAUCGUACAGCAGGGCCGGUGUGGAUUGGGCGACGAUAAGUACGCAGAGCUGCAGCACGUGUUGAGCCUGCUGAAGGAUAACUACAACAGUGCGAAAGUGUGCCCUUUCCGGGGGGUGGACUCCACCGGGAGGGGCACAUUUUCGUCGGCGGGAUCGUCGGUUGGCUAUGAAAGCUCGAACUACGCCAAUGGCUACGGCAGCAACUACUGUGACUUGAAGAUCAGUCCCGAUCUGGCGCGUAUUAUGGAGACGAGUCGUGUGGAGCCCGAAUUGCGAUACUAUUGGAUUGCGUGGCGCGAAAAGACGGGCCCACCGGUGAGGAACACGUUCAUGCGCUACCUAGACCUGGCCAAUCAGGCGGCCGAACGACACGGGUUUCACGAUGCGGGAGAACAGAUGCGAUCGGUGUACGAGGAUGGCGAAUUUUUCUUCACCGUCAACGAUCUCUGGAAUCAGCUGCAGCCACUGUACAAGCAACUGUUCACGUUCGUCCGUAGUGGAUUGGUCCGGAAGUACGGGGAGUACGUCAUCAGGCGAAACGGCCCGAUACCGGCCCAUUUACUGGGAAACAUGUGGGCCCAGAACUGGCGCAACAUCAUGGACAUCAUCAAACCGGGCCCACCGGAAUCGCCCGACGUGACGGGAGAGAUGGUCCGACAGGGUUACACACCAUUGAAGAUGUUCCAGACGGCCGAAGAGUUCUUCACCUCCAUUGGUCUGCCGCCGCUUGCCCCGGAAUUUUGGCGCAACUCGAUGCUCCAAAACCCGUCAGACGGGGCGGGACAGUGCAGUGCUUCGGCGUGGGAUUUUUGCAACAAGAUAGACUUUCGGAUCAAGCAGUGUACCCAGGUGACGUUGGACGAUUUCGUGAGUGCACACCACGAAAUGACACACGUCCAGUACUAUAUGCAAUACGCCAGCCAACCGUUCCUGUACCGCGAAGGACCGACCCCGGCUUUUCACGAGGCGCUGGCGAACGCAGUUACGCUGAGCGUUGGGGGACCGGCACAUUUGCAGAAAAUCGGACUGCUCAACAGUGCGGUGGCCGUGGCAAACGGGAACACGAUGAUCAACAUAGAGUAUCUGCUUAAUUUGGCACUGGAUAAGUUGCCCUUCAUGGCAUUCAGUUUGGCACUGGAAAAGUGGCGUUGGUAUGUUUUCGAGAAAGGACCAGUCGGGAUGAAUGCCCGUUGGUGGGAGCUUCGUCUGCGGUACCAAGGCGUGAUUCCACCGGCAGGUCGGGGCUUCGAGCAUUUCGAUGCCGGUGCCAAGUUCCACGUGAUUUCCGAUCAGGACUACAUCAAGUAUUUUGUGGCCACGGUGCUGCAGUUUCAGAUUUUCGCCGAACUGUGCCAAGCAGCGCACCAUUACGGUCCCCUGCACACGUGUGAUUUUUAUCGAUCACGUGAAGCGGGCCGCAUUUUAAGUGACAUGAUGCAACAGGGAGCUUCAUUACCGGCGACUCAGCUCAUCAAAUUGCUGACACGUGGGAAAACAUCGCGACUGACGGUGGAUCCUAUGUUGGAAUUUUUCCGACCCCUCGAAGCUUGGUUAGAGGUCCAGAAUCGAGCAGAAGAGAUCAUCGGAUGGAGCUCUUCGAUGGAAGAUGUGGCACUGUUUCAACCGCAGAUAGGAAGAAGUGGACAAAGCUCCCUAGCAAGUGUGUCCCUGCCGUCGAUCCUGGUGGGAAUAAUAUUUGGAAGAUGUAUGAUCACUGUUAGCGGUUAG